AUGGCACGAGUUGACACUCGAGAAGAAGAGCUGAGCUCUCUGGUGAAGGAAUGGUGGUCCACCGAGUCCUUCGGCACCAAAUUCAGCGAGAACGUCGCCUCAUCAGCUGAAGAUAGGCGCGCGGAGAAGCUGCUCGCUGAGACGACGAAAUGGCGCGGGGACAGGUACGAGACCGGUCUACUGUGGAGAUCAGACGACGUCUCCAUGCCAGACAACUACACAGCAGCACUGAAUCGGCUUGAGAGCACGGAAAAAAGACUUCUCCGCCAACCAGGGACGGCAGCUGCAUGCAAAGAUACCUUUCGACAGUAUCUGGACAAGGGAUACGCUCGAAUGCUCUGCCCAGAAGAACUCGAGAGAGCAGACAAGAAACGAUGGUUCCUGCCGCACCAUGCAGUGGUCAACCAAAACAAGCCAGGAAAGAUUCGUGUGGUAUUCGAUGCUGCAGCCAGCUACAGAGGAACCUCGCUGAACAGUCAGCUUCUCACUGGCCCUGACUUCCUUCAGACGAUUCCCGGCGUUCUGCUGAGAUUCAGGGAGCAGCAAGUCGGUGUUUCGGCCGACAUCGAACAGAUGUACCAUCAGGUGGCGGCAGUGAAGGACGAUCAGCCGGCACUCAGCUUUCUUUGGCGAGAUUUGGACAACAACCGGCCUCCUGAUGUGUACCAAAUGGACCGUAUCAUCUUUGGAGCCCGGUGCUCACCGGCUUCGGCAUCGUAUGCCCUUCGCAAGACCGCCAAUGACAAGGCCGCUGACACUGACUCGGACAGAGCGGCGACAGAAGCGGUCCUCUGUAACUUUUAUAUGGACGACUUCCUCAGCUCGGAGCCAAACAGCGACUCGGCUAUUACUAGCCUCACAGCAGUGACAGCACUCGUAUCUCGAGGAGGCUUCAGACUCACCAAAUGGCUCAGCAAUUCUCGUGACGUCCUCGCCGCUGUGCCAGAGUCCGAACGUACACCAUCAGCGGCAGAUCUGACCGUGCAGCUGCCGACAGAACGCGUCCUCGGUUUGCUGUGGGACGCAGAGACUGACCUGCUAAGGCUGCAUGUUCAUCACCGAACUGUGCCUCCUACAAAACGGGGUAUCCUUCAGAUGGCUGCCUCCAUCUACGAUCCACUCGGAUUCGCCUCUCCAUUCACUAUCGUCGCAAGAAUCGUGAUGCAGAAGCUGUGGGCACUGAAACUCGACUGGGACUACACGGCUCUCAAGAAGAGCAAGAAUGGCGCCGUGCUGGCACGCUCUCGGUGGCAGAGUUGA